CCCAAAAGGAGACUGAAAAUGAAGAAAUUGCUAAAGUCUCUUGAGACUGGCGACAUCGCAAAUAUUCAGAGUCCUUAGAUAUUGUUAUCGUGACCUAAAUGUGAUCAAAUAUAUGGUGAAAUGAAUUUUGUUCCGUUCUUGUGGAUAAUUUUUAUGGUUUUCGAUACGGGUGAGCUGGGUGAAAGUUUUUAUUGUUUCCAUUGCCACCAGACUUCAAAAGAGUGCAAAAAUGGGGUGAACUUACAUAUGGUAAAUUGCAGCACAAAUAAGUGCUUUAUAUUAAAAUAUGAGACUGAAAUGCCAGGAGUAAAAGUUUUGGCAACAUUUCGAGGUUGUUACGUCCAGCCGGAGUUCGAGAUUAUGACCUCAGUGAUAACGGAAAAACACGCCGUCACCGAAAAACAUUUCCAUUUAUGUAACUACACUUUAUGUAAUAAAUGUGUGGAGAGUAGACUUAUUAGCUGUAGUAUUUGUAUUUUUCUCUUAGUACAAACGUUUUUGUUACUGUUUCGAUAAUGUUCGUAUAGAAAUAAAUAAAAUAUUUUUUUCAUG